AUGUCAACUUCAGCUUUGCCCUCCUCGCAGCCUCCUCAGCGCUUGGCCGCCAACCCGCCAUUCCGACACGAGCACGUCGGAUCCUUCCUUCGUCCAAAGGCGCUUCUCGAGGCCCGGGCUGCCCUUGCCGCUGGCAAGAUCAGCGCGGCGGACCUCCGCAAGGUCGAGGACGAGCACAUCAAGGUACACGUCGAGCGGCUCCUGGCCGAGGGCGUACCAGACAUCACAGAUGGAGAGUUCAGAAGGCAAUACUUCCAUAUUGACUUCUUGAAAAUGCUACAAGGGUGCGAUGUAAAGGAAGGUGUCCUCGAAAGCAGCGGAAAGCAUGUGCCACCGACCAUGACAGUCACCGGCAAGAUUAAGCACUCGAAGAACAUUGAGGUCGACAACUUCAACUACCUCAAGACUCUUGUACCAGCUGAACAGCACGCCAACAUCAAGAUCACUAUUCCUUCACCCACCAUGUUGCACUUCCGAGGUGGAAGGAAGGGUAUCUCACAGGAAGCUUACCCCGAUUUGGAUGACUUCUUCGCCGACUUGGCUGCCGCUUACCGAGAGGAGGUUCAGGCCCUGUACGACGCUGGGUGCCGCUACCUGCAGAUGGAUGACACCAACCUUGCCUACCUGACGGACCCGAAGAUGAGGCAGGAUGCAGCUGCUCGAGGAGAGGAUGUUGAUGCCCUGCCAUCUCGCUACGCUAAGCUCAUCAAUGCUUCCUUCGCGAACCGACCCGAGGACAUGGUCAUUGGCAUCCACCUCUGCAAGGGUAACUUCAAGUCGCAAUUCUUUGCUGCCGGUUCGGAGGAGGGCUACGCCCCCAUCGCCAAGGCCCUCUUUGGCGAGCUCAACGUCGACGUCUACUUCCUCGAGUGGGAGGAUGAGCGUUCCGGCAAGGACUUCAGCGCUCUCGCGGGCCACCUCAGCGAGAACAAGACUGUCGUACUCGGUCUGGUUUCUACUAAGCUGGCCACCAUGGAGGACAAGGCAGCGCUCGUCGCAAAGAUUCACGAUGCGGCAAAGUACGCUCCUGGAGGUCUGAAGCAGCUCGCCAUUUCCGGCCAGUGCGGUUUCUCAAGCACCCACCACGGAAACGCCAUCACCGAGGAGGACCAGUACAAGAAAUUGAGGCUGCUCAAGGAGGUCGCUGAGGAGGUCUGGGGAUCAAAGUAA